AUGAAACCAGCAGAAGCAAUGUAUUUGGGAGCCAGCGAUGGUCAGUCGGCAUGUAUAUGGACUGUGAAUCCCGAUCCGGUCAGUGCCACUGAUAAGAAAAAUCCGAUUAUGUUUUCAUAUGAUCCCCGAUCUGGUGAACCGGAUCGCAUACGUCAGAUGGCCUGGAAUCCUCGCACAUGCAGAUCUCGGAUCGGNUCGGACUCAUUCACUCUGGCCACUGGGCUCAUCAAUGGUGAGGUGUGGCUCUAUGAUAUUCGUGCCUUGUCCGGGCCGCUGAUUCGAUUGACUGGUCUCUCAUUUUCCGUCCGUCAUUUGGUUUUCGCACUGAGCCUUCAAUCACAUGAUGAAGUCCGAUUCAAGGAUAGUGUGAGUAUUGAUCGUAGUUUGCAUCCGUUUGCACUCGACCGGGUCUCAGACGAAAAUGUUCAAGCGUCCUCGCGCCCGACACCAGAUCCGGCUCACAAACGUGACACACUGGGUGAAAUCACCAAUCGCUCGAACUCGCCUUUGAAGUCACCCCAGGAUUGUCAGUGGAACAUUCUGUUCCAGGAUUUGUCCCUUCCAGAAUGGUCUUCUGAUUCCCUUGAGACUAGUCGUUCCUCGAAACAAAAUACAUUUCAAGCACCUGGUUUGACUCAUCAAUCAUUAAACUUGACCGAUAGCGAGCGGAAUUCCACGGAGUUGGGCGCUGAGUGUCCACCACCGUGCACUCCACCUAUCCAGACCAUUGAACCUCCGCUGCCAGUCCCCGGAUCGUCAAAGUUUACCCGGACUCCGCUACCCAAGGUGGAAAAACAGUUGGAAAGUCGUCUAGCCAGUUUGGAAUCGAAUUUGCUAUCGGAAUUAAGCAUGAAUCAAUACCAAAUGUUGUUUUAUAUUUCGCGACUGGAACACGCGGUACAACGAAUGCGAAAUGAGUUCGCCGAAGCACUGACCGAACUGCAUCGAGAGAACGAAGCAUUACGACAGGAGGUGCAAAGACGCUCUUGUUUCUAUUAG